AUGUUGGACAUUAUUCCGGGUGAAGCUCACUGGAAGGUGGGCAUUUGUGAACAGGCUAUUCAGGGUACCAAGACUCUCAUGAACAAAAUAGCUGAAGAUGACCCAGAAGUCACCGCAGCAGAAGCUUUGGCUGAAGCCACUAGGACCUUUAAUAGCCGAGAACUGAUCCGAGGCUAUUCGCCCAUCCAACAUGCCCUUGGCCGUGCGCCUGAUGCUACCGGGCGACUUUUCCCUUGCGGCCCCAGUGAAUGUCCAGAGCUGCUGGUAGAGAAUGCCUCUGGCGAGAUGGAUCGCCAGCUCCAGCGAAUGCAAAGUGCGGAAAAGGCCUUCCUAGAAUGGACGGCAAGCCAGAGACUCCAAAAAGCCAAGAACUCAAAACCCAGAGAUGUCACCAACUAUGAGCCAGGAGACCUAGUGUAUGUGUGGAGAAAGCAAGUGAGCGGCCAAGCAGCCAUUAAAGGUGGCUCGUUUGUGGGGCCAGCCCGCAUCCUGGCGGUGGAGCAACAUCGCUCUCCCGACGGGACCCUCAAGCAGGGCAGCUCAAUUUGGUGCGUCAGAGGGAGAAGACUUCUCAAGUGCUCCCCAGAGCAACUACGUCGAGCCUCCGAGCGGGAGGUCCUCUUAGAAGAACUCCAUGCCAAGCAAUAUGAUGACUGGGACUUUGAUAGAGUAGCUCAACAACUAGGAGGGAACGAGUUUCUGGAUGUGUCCACCGAAGUACCUUCUUAUGCAGAAUGGCUACGAGCUCAAGAUCCAGUCCAAGAAUGGCAACCAAUGAGACGAUGUGCAAGAAAACGAGGCCCCAUGGUAGAUGAGAUGAGUGGCAUGGAACCGGCUCCUUCAACAUCCAGGCCAACAGGGCGAUCCAGGAGUCCAACUUCCAGGCCUACGCCUUCUACAUCUUCAGGGGCACCCGUGUCGCAGAGGCCUCGAAUGAGCGCCCAACAAGGCAUGGCUGCUGCCCCACCAUGGUGGAACCAGUCAGGUGUCCAGGAAGUGUUUGCAGCCACCGAGUGCACCUUCUGGAUGGAUGAGACCGCGGCCGUGGCCGUGGAGGUUCCCAUGCCAGACACACGUGCUGGAUCUGAACGAGCUCUCCGAGAUCUCCCUUCUUACUUUGCCAGUAGCUUGAAGAAACGGUCAGCAGUUGAAGUCUGUGAACGUCACCUAUCUGAGGAAGAGCGACAACAGUUCCGAUCUGCAAAGGCCGUGGAAGUAAGUAACUUCAUAGCUGCCAAGGCUUUUGAAGCCCUUCCAGAGAAACUUCGCCCAGCACGCGAACAAGCAGUGAAGAUGCGGUGGAUACUGACAUGGAAGCAGAAGGAGGAUGGCAGCCGAAAGGCGAAAGCCAGAGCCGUUCUCUUAGGGUACCAAGAUCCCUGCUAUGAACAGAGAGCAACGACUUCUCCAACCACGACUCGCCAGACCAGGCAACUGCAGAUGCAAUUAGCCGCUUCAUGUCGCCACAAGAUGCGAAAAGGUGAUGUGACAGGUGCUUUCCUGCAAAGCAGGCCAUACCCUGAUGACCUUUUUUGUAUACCAUGCCCAGAGAUCUGUGAAAAGAUGGGACUCCCAGCAGAGUCAAUCACCAAAGUGAAGAAAGCCUGCUAUGGCUUAGUUGAUGCGCCACUGGAAUGGUAUCGUUCCAUCUCAGAUUUCUUUGCAAAACUUGGAUUGCAAAAAUGCUGGAGUGACGCAUGCUGCUGGGUUUAUGUGGUUGAUGGGGAGUCUGAGAAAACACAGCUUCGGGCCUUGCUGGGAGGGGUCUCAUGGCACGCACAACAAGUAGCGCCACACUUCAGUGCUGAAGUCGGCUUGCUGUUGUCAGAGGUGAACAAGAGUACUAUCGAGACCAUUUACAAGGCUAACAGAAUCUGCCGCAGCCCCGGAGCAGCAGAAGCAGCAGCAGCAAACAACGGAGAAGAUCUCCUCUUUUUUGCGAGAUUCCAACUGGCAGAAAUGAUGGGAGCUCAAGUCAACGUGAGAGACAUCAACAGUGUCGUCAACCAGAUCAGUGGAUGCCUGGUUACUGACUCCAGGAAUGUGUACGACAAGUUAGAGACCGAGGUCUUGUCCGUAAAGGGCGCUGAGAAGAGAACAGACCUGGAGUUACUCUCCUUGAAAUCUGCCCAGAUUCGCAAUGCUGUGGAGAUUAGGUGGGUUCAUAGUGAAGCUCAGCUAUCAAACGGACUGACCAAGAGCAACGAGCACAAGCAACUGCACCUGUUCUACCGCAUGGGCCACAAGUGGCGCAUAGUCGAAGAUGAAGAAAGAGCGUCAGCUCGGAAAAGGAAACUGCUAGGCCUGGAGCCUCUUGAAAACAGAAAGAGUCAAGGGCCAGAAAUCAAGCCUGAGACACCAUGGAAACCCACGGAAUGA